CCACCUCCCACCUCCCACCUCUCAACAAACAUGUCGUUCCUCUCCAACCAUCUCGAGCAAAUCUCCCUAUCCGCCCAAUCCAUAGCCUCCCUCCCAUUCCCCCCACCCAAGAUCUUCACCAAUGCGCUCCUCGCGUCCCACGACAUCACAGCCCUGAUCCGCGACACCGAGCCGCACGAGCGCGCCCUCUUCUCCGUUCCCCCGCCCCCCCCGCGUGACUCCUCCAUCUACCCCGAUCCCGCCGCCACCGCCUCGCGGCGGCGGACCGUUUUCAACGUCGCGGGCGGCGAGGUUGUCUCGAGCGCAGCCACAACGUCGCGCGCGCCGCGGCGGAAUGCAGCGGUUGCUGCUGUGCUGGGCGCGGAUUUGAACUCGGAAAUCCGGAAGAGUGAGAAUGUGCACAAGGGCGACUUGGAUGUGGAGGUGCUGCUGAGGGGCGCGGAGAAGCUGGGGGAGGUGUAUGUGAUGGAGGGGGCGAGGGAGCGGAUUGCCCAGCUACGGUCGCGCUAUGCGAGGAUACAGACGAGUUUACAGCAUUAUGAGCAGAAGGUUGUGAAACAGACGCGGGAGUUGGAGAGGAUGAAUAGGCAGGGUGAUUGGGAUGGGGAUAGCCCGGAUGAGGAUGUGGCCGGGGAGGAGGACGGAGAUGCUGAUGACGCGGUGAUUACCGACGAAUUAUUAAGGCUGGAGGAGGAGGAGAUAUUGGAAUUGGAGAGGAAGAAGAAGGAGCUGGAGGAGCGGGUGUCGGGGAUGGAGAGGGACCUUGGGGGGCUGUUGCGAUGA